AUUCAUUGUCAGUGUGUGUGAAAAGACAAGAGUCAGUGUGCCGGUCUGAUUCAGCCCCAAUUAAGCUGCCGUCUGGGCAGGACUGUAAACGGAGCUGCUAGGACUAAGAAUCGAGUCCGCAGGCAACGCCAGAGACUAGACACUCACGGAAGGGAAGUGGUUCAACGCUGGAGUCGCCUCUGCUAUGGCAAAAAUCAUUUUGAGGCACCUCAUAGAGACCCCAGUGCGUUAUCAGGAGGAGUUUGAAGCUCGAGGCUUAGAAGACUGCAGACUGGAUCAUACACUAUACGCACUGCCCGGGCCAACCAUCGAGGACCUGAGUAAAGCCAGAGGCGCAGGCACGCCACAGGCUCUGGCAGAGGACUCAGCCUCCACGGAGAAGCCACCCGGAGAAGGCAAAUCCCGUUUCCAGAUCCUGCUGGAUGUGGUCCAGUUCCUGCCCGAGGACAUCAUCAUCCAGACCUUCGAGGGCUGGCUGCUGAUCAAGGCACAGCACGGAACCAGAAUGGACGAACACGGGUUUAUAUCGCGGAGUUUCACCAGACAGUACAAACUGCCAGAUGGAGUCGAAACCAAAGAUUUGUCUGCCAUCCUCUGUCAUGAUGGAAUCUUGGUGGUGGAAGUCAAAGAUUCACUAGGGACCAAGUGAAAGCCUUUUGGUUGCUCUUCAUACCCCAGGAAGGAAGAUGAAAGCCAGGGACACCCCGGGAAUGCUUAAACUUUUGAGAUGGAUUGCUGUCACUUUUAUGAGGAUUAAAAAAAACCAAAUGUAUCCACCGUU